UGAACAGAGCAGUCUGAGGAUUCAGUAGAAAGAGUAGCUGGGCUCUGCCUACUGUGUUGCUUCGAACUACAUGCUGGAAUCAUUUCAGUUUUCAAAAUUCCUUGUAAUUUUCACUGAAGACUGCUUAUUAAAAGGAAAUGGAUUGGACCGGAGCAAUUUUAACUUUAUUACUAUUUAUUUUUGCAAUUAUGUUCCUUUUGAAAAAGAACAGUUCCAGAAAUAAGAGCUCCCCCAAUCUCCCCCCAGGACCCAGGACUAUACCUAUUUUGGGAAAUCUGCACAUGAUGGAUCUGAAAAAACCUUACAGGACAAUGUUAGAGUGGUCAAAAGAAUAUGGUCCUAUUUUUCGCAUCAAACUGGGAUUCCAGGAGAUGGUGGUGCUGACUGGCUAUGAGACGAUCAAAGAAGCUCUAGUGAACCAGGCUGAUGUAUUUGCAGAUAGGCCCUUUGUUCCCAUUUUUGAAGAUACAACAAAAGGGUUUGGUCUUGUUUUUGCUCGUGGUGAGAGCUGGAAAGUGAUGCGACAGUUUACAUUAUCCACAUUACGGGAAUACGGAAUGGGCAAGAGGACCAUCGAAGACAAAAUCACAGAAGAAUGCAGUGUCUUAAUGAAGACAAUGGAGACUUAUGCAGGAAAACCCUUUGACGUCACAACAAUUCUGACUGCUGCUGUUUCCAACAUCAUAGUUUCUAUUCUACUUGGUCAACGCUAUGAAUAUGAAGAUACCAAAUUUCUACAACUACUGAAAAUAAUGAGUGAAAAUAUUCGGAUUUCAGGAAGCCCUGCUGUGUUGCUAUACAAUUUGUUUCCCAAGUUGGGGUUUCUUUUGAGUGCUCGUAAAAUAAUAAUGAAGAAUCAAAAGAAGCUCCAUGAUUUCAUACAGACUACCUUCAUAGAAUAUCUCCAAGAUCUUGAUGAAAAUGACCAGAGGAAUUUUAUUGAAUCAUUUCUUGUUCAGCAAAGAGAAGAGAACAUGAAGAUGAGAAAUGGUGGAUAUUUCCAUAAUGAAAACCUUAAAUCUCUUGUAGUUGACUUAUUUGGUGCUGGUACAGAAACGGUAGCAAACACUCUGCGCUGGGCUAUACUCCUAAUGAUGAAAUAUCCAGAAAUUCAAAGACCACUCCGAGCCUUCGUCAUGACCCAGUGCCACGACAACCCUGCAGCAGGACAUUUUGGAUUCUUCAAGACCCUCCACCUGGUGACACGGACCUUUUGGUGGCCCCGAGUGCGGCAUGAUGUACAUGCCUACGUGACAUCCUGCGUACCAUGCCGGCAAGCCAAGGCCGCCACGGGGGCCCCUCCCGGGCUCCUCCAGCCCUUGCCGACACCCAACAGACCCUGGGGGGCGAUCUCCAUGGACUUCCUGACGGACCUGCCACCGUCCUCUGGGUUCACCACGGUGCUGGUGGUGGUGGACAUGCUCACCAAGAUGGCACACUUCAUCCCAUGCCGCGGACUGCCCACAGCCGCAAAAAUGGAGGUGGAAGAUGCAGCACAUCUUCCGCCUCCAUGGUCUACCGGACAGGGUGGUUUCGGACCGCGGAGUUCAGUUCACAGCUCGCUUCUGGAAGAGCCUGAUGGCCGCGUUGGAGGUGCAGGUGUGUCUGUCGUCAUCGCAUCAUCCGGAGAUCGACGGGGGUACAGAGAAGGUCAUCGGUAUCCUGGAACAGUAUCUCCGUUGCUUCAUCAACCAGCAACAGGACAACUGGGCCGAUUACCUGUCCCUGGCAGAGUUUGCUUUUAACAACUCUCAGCACACCUCUACUCAGAUGACCCCGUUCUUUGCCAAUGUGGGGUACCAUCCGCGGCUCUUCCCUCUGGCACCACCGGAUUCUCCUGUUCCCGAAACGCAGACCUUCCUGAUGGAAUUGCAUGCGGUCCAACAGUUGGUAUGUCAGCAGCUGGAUUGGGCAAAGGAGGACUGCAAACGAUCCGCCGACCGCUCCCGACGGGCAAUGCCCCCGCUGGCAGUUGGAGACGGGGUGUGGCUGUCCACCAAACACCUCCCGUCCGACCACCCGGUAAAGAAGUUGGACCACUGAUUCAUUGGCCCGUUCCCUGUCGAGGCAGUCAUCAACCCGGUAGCCUACCGACUGACCCUGCCAUGAUCCAUACGGAUCCACCCCGUCUUUCACCGGUCCCUUCUGGUUCCUGAGGCCACACCGAGUCCCCUUCGGUGCCCAACAGCACCCGUCACUGUCACCGAGGACGGGUCGGAGGAAUACGAAGUCCACAGCGUACGAGACUCCCGCUGGCUGAAGGGUCGUUUCCAAUAUUUGAUCGCGUGGAAGGGAUACGGGACUGAUUUCUCCUGGGUAGAUGCCUCUGACGUUCAUGCCCCUGACCUGGUGCAGGCCUUCCAUGAGCAGAACCCAGCCCGACCGCAUCCCGAUCAUCAGCCCCGGGGGAAGGGCCCUGCGGUGAGGGAUAGUGUUGUGACCCAGGUUCCUGGACCCGGACUCCUGGACUCGGAUGAUUCAGAAAGUGAGGGAGAAGACCUGGCAAGCCCUGCUUCUCUUGAGCCCUCUCCCUCCCUGGCACUCACUCAAAGGGAGGAGGAGGGGCCGGCAAGGCCUGAUUCUCCCGGGCCUUCUUCUGAUUUGGCAACGCCCCAAGAACAGUUUUGGAGUGAUGCAAGACUGCGCAGACAUGACUGGCGCACGCAGCAGAAGCAGCGUUGGGAUAAAGCCAAGUAAUAAUUGUCAUGCAGUGACAUCUGCAGAGACUAUAAAUAGGAGGCGGGACUUCCUGGUUUUUUGUCUUGGACAAAGCAAUGAAUUUGUGCGGGCAAACUGUAUCAAUGGAGGGAAGAAUAUAUUUGUGAGUAAUUCUGGCCUUAUCUAUAAUUUCCUCGUUAUCUCUAGAAACUUGGCAGGCCCGUGGGUAGACGUGGCCAGGACAUCUAUCUAUGUAAAUAAAAGGAGAAAAGGAGGCCUCUGACUAACUCUUUGCUGGGAGUAUUGGGGGGAGGGAAACAGAACAUAUAUAUAUAUGUAGGUCUUUGGUUAUUCGGGUUUUCUCCCGCGUAAAAUUGGAAGUGUCUUGGCGACGUUUCGACGAAGCCUCAUUCGUCAUCUUCAGGCUUCAGCUUCGUGCU